CUUUGUGCCUGCGACUUGCCUGGCUCCCAGGCGGGUUUUCUUGCUCCAAGGGCGAUAAAGCCCCACAAGCUUUGCUUUUUGCGUCCCCGCGCUGCCCCAGCCAUGGUGAUGUUCAAGAAGGUGAAGAGCUUCGCGGUGCUCUUCAGCGAGCCCGACAAGAUCUACUGCAGCGGGGACAAGGUGGCCGGGCGCGUGGUCGUGGAGGUGGCCGAGGUGACCCGCGUCAACGCCGUCAAGGUGUUGGCGUGUGGGGUGGCCAAAGUGACCUGGGCCAAGGGCCCGGCCCAGUGCCGGCAGGAGAUGGAGUACCUGCGCUUCGAGGACGUGCUGGCACUGGAGGAGCAGCCCACGGAUGACGACGGCUCCGUCAUCCUGAGGCCUGGGAACAAGUACGAGUACAAGUUCGGCUUCGAGCUGCCCCAGGGGCCGCUGGGCACCACGUUCAAGGGGAAGUACGGCUGCGUGGAUUACUGGGUGAAGGCAUCCCUGGAGCGCCCUGCCUGCCCCACCCAGCAGGUCAAGAAACGCUUCGAGGUGAUGGAUCCCGUGGAUGUGAACACCCCGGAAUUGCUGUCCCCAGUUGCAGCCAAGAAGGAGAAGAAAGUGUCUUGUAUGUUCAUCCCGGACGGACGCGUGUCUGUCAGCGCCCAGAUCGACAGGAAAGGCUUCUGUGAAGGCGACGAGAUCUGCAUCAACGCGGACUUUGAGAACACGUGCUCGCGCAUCGUGGUGCCCAAGGCGGCCAUCGUGGCCAAGCACACCUACCUGGCCAACGGCCAGACCAAGGUCUUCUGCCAGAAGCUCUCCUGUGUCCGUGGCAACCACAUCAUCUCGGGCACCUCCGAGUCCUGGCGCGGCAAAACCAUCCGCGUGCGCAAGCUCAAACCCUCCAUCCUGGGCUGCAACAUCCUGCGUGUGGAGUAUUUCCUGCAGAUCUACGUCAGCGUCCCGGGCUCCAAGAAAAUCAUCCUGGAGCUGCCGCUGGUCAUUGGGAGCCGCUCGGGCAUCGGGAGCCGCAGCUCCAGCAUGGCCAGUCAGACCAGUUCCGAGAUGAGCUGGGUCGACCUGAACCUCCCGGAUGCUCCAGAGGCCCCCCCGUGCUAUCUGGACAUCGUUCCCGAGGAUCACCGGCUGGAGAGCCCCACCACUCCGCUCCUGGAUGAUCCCGACGGAUUCGAC